AUGCCUCAGUCAUACGACUGCAAACCGCACAGUGAAGCAAGUAUUGGCAGAGUGAGAGACCGCUCAGUUGAUUGCUUAGAUACCUAUGAUAUGUUAGCUCGCCGUCUUCACUUGUUGCGUACUCACACUAUCGCCUUCGUGGUGAAUGCCAAGGCAGCUCGUCGAGGGAAACCCACAAGCAACGAUAUUCAGGUACCAUGGGACACCCAUUUUCUCGACCGGAUGUCCACAAUUGUAGAACCCAAGCACACGUCCCGAGCCUUGAUCUACAAACCUAAGCAUGACACUGACAGAGAGGAUGAUGUGCCGCCUGUGAAGCGAUUUCUGUGCGCUUAUGACCUUGCUACAAUGGCAAUGACCUUUCCAGACGGCUCAGAAGGGUCAGCAUACAAAGGUCUCCUGCCCAAGUGCUCCUCUGUGACGCGAAAAGUAGUGGAGGAGGCAGGUAGUGAAAGUCCGUUAGUCUUGGACGGCUACGAGCGGUCAACAUGGGCAGUAGAUGCAGAGUCCAGAGGUCAGCUCCAACUUCACUACUUCGAUCACCGCUACCAUAACUCACCUCGCUUCAUUUACCAACCUCGCCCUCGUUCCAUGCACCACAUCCCAGCUCUUUCAGAAACGCGCCACCCUUCGCCAAUGACGAUCAUGUCAUCAGACAGCAGUGCGGCACUCAAGCGUGAGCGCGAUGCUGGAGAACAGACAAUUGUCGCGGCGCAAUCUGCUGACAGCCAGUAUAGUCCCAACUUCAAGAACCUCGUAGAACUCAAGUCUGGAGACGGCACCACUGACAUGUGGGUGCAUCGGGAUGUCAUCUCCAGGAGCUCUUUAUUCAUUAAAGCCCAGCUAGAGAAAGGAAGUGUCGUUCUGCUGGGUAACGGCGGCCACCCAGCAUUCGAGGAAAUAUUCGAGUCCGAACUGGAGCCACUCCAAGAGUACGUACACUGGCUGUACACUGGCGUCGUUACGAACGGCAUCGAGGAUAGUUGCCUACGUCUUUUUUGGGAAUGGAAAGCGAGCCUUUGGUUGCGCGAUCCGGUUUACGCCAAUGCGGUCAUGGACGCGCUCAUCAUGCGCGAGUAUGACAAUGGAGUCACAAUCUUUUCUGGGUUCGAAGAUCAUCUGGAAAAAGCUUUGCAGGGAUCGAAGUUGUGGCAUUGGGCGGUUGACUCCAUCGGAGCGGUCGCAUCUACGGCAAAUAUGGGUAGGUUGCGAGCUCCUCUGAUAUACACGGAAAUGGAGUGCGGAGAUGAUUUCCUCAUGGACGUGUUCAUGAAGGUGCUGUCGCGCAUCGAAAACCCAGAAGACCACCAGAUUCCAGCCAUGGCGGAUCGUGAGAAGUACCAUCUCACCAAGGAAACUAUCGAGGAUGCUAGGAUGGCCUGGAUUGAGAAAAGUUGA